AGUCCGGCUCUCCCUGUCAGCAGGGACUAGGGUGAUGGCAGCGGAGCCCCGUCGAGUGCAGCUCCAGUUUCUCCGUCCCGGCCGUUGAGCUGGAGCGGCCGCUGACUGACAGGCGGGAGUCCGACGCCCAGGGAAGAAGCUGCAGACAAGAAUGGCGGAGUUGGCGGCAGGGGAGGGGCCGCCGCGGGGCCGCACUCCCAGCCCGCUGCCGCUCGCUGGGCCGCCCAGUCCUCGUCCAGCCGCGGCCCCUGCCUGCCCGGUGCGCAGCCCAGACCCCCCAGCGCCCGAUAGGGCCAUGCCGGGCGGCGGCGUCAGCAACAGCGGUGGGGGCAGCAGCGGUGGGGGCUCCAAGUGGGUCCGGCUCAACGUGGGCGGCACCUACUUCGUGAGCACCCGGCAGACGCUCUGCCGCGAGCCCAAGUCCUUCCUCUGCCGCCUCUGCUGCCAGGAGGGGCCUGAAUUGGGCUCGGACAAGGAUGAAACGGGGGCAUAUCUCAUUGAUAGGGAUCCCACAUAUUUUGGUCCAAUCCUGAACUACCUCCGGCAUGGAAAACUCAUAAUAAACAAGGAAUUGGCAGAAGAAGGUGUGCUGGAAGAAGCUGAGUUUUACAACAUUGCAUCUCUAGUGCGGUUGGUAAAAGAACGAAUACGGGACAACGAAAGCAGAACUUCUCAAGGACCUGUCAAGCAUGUAUACAGAGUCCUGCAGUGCCAAGAGGAAGAGCUCACGCAGAUGGUGUCCACUAUGUCUGAUGGAUGGAAAUUUGAACAGCUAAUCAGUAUUGGAUCUUCAUAUAACUAUGGGAAUGAAGACCAAGCAGAAUUUCUCUGUGUUGUAUCCAGAGAACUCAAUAACUCUACCAAUGGCAUUGUCAUAGAGCCUAGUGAGAAAGCAAAGAUUCUUCAGGAGCGAGGAUCACGGAUGUAAUCUAAGCAUCUAAUACUUUAAAACUCCCAGAGUUGUCAAAAGGGCAAUCUAGCUGGGCAGAGCAUUUCUCCUGCAGUCCAACCUUGCUUUUGUACAGUAAUCAAACUAACACAAAGUAAAGCUGAGCCUGUCCUGCCAGUGGAGAAUUAAUCCUGGUAGAAAACAUAGGCUCAACCCACUCCGUCUCAGAAAAUGAAGAGGAAAGAAGAGAAUCUUCCAGCCGGAUAGUCCCUUUGCCCCACUAAACCUAUUUCUUUUUCUUUCUGCCUUGGCACUGUUAUGAUUUUUUUCUUUUAUUUGCAGGGGAGGGGGUGCUCUCCUUGGAGCCUUUUGUGAGGGCUACUCAGAUUCCUGGGCUCUUUAAAUCAUUCCAGGCAUCACUAGUCUUUAGUAAGGACAGUGAAAUUUGGUUAUACAGUCCCAUUUGUCAUGCUUAUGUUAGGAAAUUUGUCUCAGUUAGACUCACCCAGAUCCGACAAACAUGGAUUUGGAAGAGAAUGUCUGAAUCAAGAACAUCCUUUCUCCCCCCCCCC